AUGGACAAUCAAAAUAAAGUCGAUCUGCAAAUAGAUGAAGUCGGAGAAACAGCCAUUGUAGAAAAACCAAUAUCGACCCAAAACAACAAUGAUAAAAAUCUGUCCCAAAAUCAAAAUAUCUAUAGCAAAGUAAACGAAGCGAAGGAACAUAACAUUCCUACGGCCACGGUAAAGCAUGAAAACUAUCUGGUGAAUAUUCAACCGACCAAUGGAAUUGAAAAUGAGAAGCCCGUAGAGCAGGUCGUUAAAGAAACUAAGAGCAAUGAUUCGUUUAGCAAUAGAUAUCAGCUAAAUUCAAAAAAUUAUUUAAAAGAACUCCAUCAAGCACUGAUGAAAGAGUGUAAAGUACACUUAUUGGAUUGCUGUGCAUUAAAUAUAACUCUGAACUCGGAUACUUUAACCAGUGUCACUCACAACACGAUGAAAGCAAUUAAAGCUCAAAAAAUAUUUUCGGUUCUUGGGUACUUUCCUGUCAUAGUUCAAGAAUUGAAAAAUCGUGGAUGGGUGGAAAAAUACAAUCCAACAAAGCCGCCACUCAACUAUUUUCAAUAUACGAAAUCUCCAAUCUACGCUCUUAAUUGGAUCGAGAGCCCGCCGUUGAUGACCAUGACCAACGUCAACGACGCCAUAUGGGAUCGUUUGAAAAGCUUACAGGCUUGGAACAUACUCAAAAAUUACAGAUCGGAUUUAGUUUUUGUUACCAGGAAAAGAUUGUUUACUUGGCCGAACAUCCAUGAAUCGACCGUAGUCAGCCAGAUGACCAGCCACACGUUCUGCUCUAAAAACGGCUUAGCGCAUUGUCUAGAGCCAUAUAGGAACAAACUCUCGACAGUCAUGUUUCCAAGAUGUCAUUUCGUCAGAGAAAAGGCCGACUGGGACAAGUUUAUGCAGGACUAUUUCACGACGGCACUAGUCAGUACUUUGAAGACUAUUGUAGAGGCGAUUGAAAACAGAAAAUUAAUAUUUUCUAAAGACGGCGAUGUGCCGUAUGAAAUGAUUAAUUUUGUGGAAUGGCGUAUCUAUGAAUACAUUAUAGACCAAAAGACCGGAUUCAUAGAUAAAAAAAUGUGGAUUUUUGAGAAUCAAACCGAAGUGUGGAACGAGUUCAUGAGUAAUUAUUGGAAAUUGAUCAACAACAAUGCUAAUUUCCGUUGUGAAUACAGCUAUCAAAUAGAACAAGACGUUUAUGCGAGAUGCAAAUAUUUAUUAGACUGCGUUGACGUGUAUCUUUCACAAAAUUACAUUGACGGAAACACAAACACUUGGAUUAUUAAGCCCACGUCGAAUUGUUCUGGCCAUGGUAUUAUAAUGGCUAGAGACUUGGAUAAGAUAAAAGAAAAAAUCGUAAUAAAUGGAGAUUCGAGAAGUAGUUAUAUUCUACAAAAGUACAUAGAAAAACCACUUUUAGUGUUUUCUUGCAAAAUUGAUCUUCGUCAGUGGUUUUUAGUAACCAACAUGAAUCCUGUAACUGUUUGGAUGUACAAGGAAGGUUACGUAAGGUUUUGCGCCAAACGAUUUACUUUGAAAGAUAUGCACGAAUCGAUUCACCUUAGCAAUGUCCGGCUGCAAAUGAAAUACCGAAAAAAAAGAGACGUCGGUGUCCCAGACGAAUGUAUGUGGGACUACAAAGAAUUACAAAAACAUUUGAAAAAAAUAGGCCAGGAUCGGGUUUGGGACGACUUAAUAUUUCCCGGGAUGAGCGAAAGUGUUUAUACGGUUAUGAUGGCAACUAAGAGCACGUCGUCUUAUCGGGAUAACACUUUUCAACUUUUUGGAGCCGACUUCGUGAUAACCGACAACUUUAUACCAUACUUGAUCGAAAUCAAUUCCGUGCCCGGAUUGAAUCCAUCAACUAGCACUAUUGCUAACUUAACGCCAAUGUUGCUUAAAGACAUCGUAAAAGUGAUUGUCGAUUACAAAGAAAACCCCGACGCCGACACGGGAUUGUUCACAAAGGUUAUCCCCGACACUUGGGAACGAUCGCACAACGAAGCAAAGAACAAGCAAAGGUUCGAAGAAAAGUAUGGUUUGUCGUUGGAGAGUCAUUUCCUAAAUCCAUUAACCGUUUCAAACGGCACUAACACGUAUGGAGGGCCAAGGAGCCAAUGGGUGGAAAAUGUUGCAAAAAAGUUAACGGCCAUACGACUCCAAUCUACUAUGUAUAAUGACACCCGUCGGUACGUAGGUCCUAACCGCGAUUUCCUAUUACCGCUCAAUCAGUCGCCCAGCACGGUGGUUCCGGAAAACUACUCAGAAACUUAUCCAAACGAGUUGAACAUAGAUUCCGAUAAACUAACCAAAGUUAUAACAGCCAACGCAGUAGUGUCAACAGAGCCCACAGUAAUUAACGACAAGCCCAAAUGGCAAAGGGAAGCUAUACUAGACAAUUCAAUACUUUCGCCACAGGAGAAAAUCGAUCUGCUUAAAAAAAUGUAUAUGAGUUACGGCCGGCCACAGUACGAGUCCAAAGGAAAACCAAUUCGACACAAAUCUCGCAGUAAAGGAUAG